UGUGUCUGUGAGGGUAUACCUACAUCUUUUGAAUUGAUUCGCUUUUGGUUGGGUUUUGGGUUUUUUUUUUUUUUUUGCUUUGUUGUUCAGCAAGAAAAGAGAAUUUUUUUGCAUCGAUUUGUAGAAGAAAAAGUCUAAAUUUGUAUAGUUGAAGAUGCAGCAGAACGUUAGGAGGUCCAUAAUAUCUAGUAGGAGCAGAUGGGGUGGUUUAUUGAGAUCGCUUAUGGAAUCUAAGCCUUGUUUGGAUGGUUUUCCUUCAUCUGCUAAAAGGUUUCCAGCGGAUUGUAAUUCUAGUAUUACAAGACAAUAUGUGACUCGUGCUAAUAAUAUGUCAAAGGGUGUUCGAGCUAAUGCUGGAAUUCAUCUUCCAUUUAGAGGACAGUGUGCUAGAGAUUAUACAGUUAACUGUCAGGCAUCACUCCCAUGCAUAGAAAAUUAUGGAUCGAAGCUCAUGUCUCCUUGCGUUGCUAGAUCCUUUGCAUCAAGCGCAUCAAAGCAAUCAAAAGAAACAACUUCUGAGACUAGGAAAGAAGUAUCUACUGUUGAGGAUCCCUUCGAUGCUCCUACAUACAAUAUCCCAGACAAACCUGUGACAUUUACAGAGGGGGCUAGCUACAGUGUCAUAAUCCUUGCUGGACUUGGAGUUGCAGCUACUGCAGCAUAUGCUGUUUUCAAGGAGCUGAUAUUUGAACCAAAAGAGUAUAAGAUAUUCAACCAUGCUCUGGAAAGGAUUCAGAAAGAAGGCCAGGUUAGGGUGAGGAUUGGGCAUCCUAUUACAGGCUACGGUCAAGAAAGUAGAAAUCGCGCUGCUCGCCAACGUAUUCCAAACAGGAUAUAUACGGACGAAAAUGGUGUAGAGCAUGUGGAGGUUAAUUUCUAUAUUCGUGGGCCACAUGGAGCCGGAAAAGUUUUUACCGAAAUGUUCAAGGACAAAACAGACCACAAAUGGAAGUAUACCUACUUGAUUGUUCAGAUCACUUCACCUUCCCCAGCAGAAUUAAUGCUGGAGUCUUAUUUGCCAGCAGCUGAGCCGAGGGCUUCGACAGCGAAUUAAGAUUGGGAAAAAUACUCAGCUUACCUCCGCAGAAAAUUCGAUUGUUCUGGAACUUGAGCUUAGUUUUCAGUGUCCCAAUUUUGAUCUCAGUCACCGGUUGAAUUUUAGCCCACCUCUACUAGAAUGAGGGAAAUGUUUGGGAUUCUGUAAAUUUGACUGGCAAUUGUUUGUCCGUUCUACUUUUGUCAAUGGGUAAUGGAUUUUUUGUUUAUUCGUUAACUUCACCCUGUGGCACUGGUAGAUGCACCAAUAAUACAUAUUGGGUUCAAAAUCCUAAUUCUACCAGAAUGUGCUGGACAACUCUCCUGUUAAUUUGUUGCAUUUGAUUCUAUAAAUUAUAGUCAAUAGUAUUAUGUCAGUUCUUUUUGCCA